AUGUCGCUGUUCAUGGUUCGGUACAGUGGCUUCCAGGAGCUAAACAACUCCACGCCACGCACCAUCACCGUUACCGUGCUGCUAGAGAGCCUCUACGGUGGCUUCUUGUUAAGCAUCUUCAUGCCGGUCGGGGUCAUAACCGCCAUCGGCGUCUCCACCCUCCUUUACGCCUUCGAGAAUUUUCAAGACCGUAUCGCAGUGACGCUCUCCUGCCUCAUCGUCUUGGCGGGUCUGUACUCUCAGAUCUGCGUCGUCAUCCCCAUCUCGGCUGCCCCGAAAUUUGUAGAUGCUUUUUUCUUUUACGCCAUUUUGAGGAUGUAUCUUGUGUGUACCCAUCAUCUUGGCGUGUACCGCUGGCUCAUCUCCUUCAAAAAUCGCAAAGCCCUAAACCUUGAGAGGCGAAGUGCGCCGGCAAUGGAACCAAACAAAAAUCCAUCAACAGCGGCGCCGACAUGUAUCGCACCCCUUAGCCCUCUCGAGUCCGACCUCAGAAAGAAAAGUGUUUCCCAUCCUGGCUCCAUCGGCGAAGAUUCCAGUGAAAGAGGAAGAGGUUUUGAAGACGCAGGUUUGAUUGUCGAAAAGUGCUUCUUUAAAUCGAAUUUGAUCAUGCCAAUGGAUACAGCUCAUCAAGCGCCAGCAGCACAUGAAGUCUCGGCAACUGAUGCUUACCCUCCUCCGGAUAAAAUUUGCAACAUGAAUCCCUUCAAUGCUUGUCUAGAUAAUGAAGAAACGGACAAGAAAUUUGAUGCAACCUACAAACGAUUUACUGUCGCUAGCUACUUGACCGUCGCGUCUGGAAUUGUGUUUGAUCUAACCUUCUUCGGGCUAAGCGCUUAUUUUAUUUCGAAGUCGAGGCAAGCAGUCUUCAGCGAGUACCCGUCUGUUACCCUAAACAACUGA